AUGGUCAAAGGGUCUCCCUUGGCGAUUACAAAAAGAAAUUUUGUCUCCAAAGCGUAUCAAAGGCAUUCACCUAUUCGAUCGUCGCUUCGGAUUUGGGUCCAGAUGUGGUGCAUUCGUAUGUUGGGCAUGAACCAAGUGGCCGGAUUUUUGAUGAAAUCUGUCUCGAUGGAAAUGGACGACACCUUUGAGAUUCCAGGAAAGCCUCACAACCCGAUGAUCAAUGCAGGUGCGAUAAUCGUCACAUCGCUGUUGAAGAGAAACAUGACCAUGGCGGAUCGUUUCGAUUUUGCUUUGCAAGAAUACCGGAAGAUGGCUGGAGGAGAACACAUUGGCUUCGAUAACGCGACGUAA